AUGGAGCUUUUCAGCGUUGCAAGCGCAGGCGGAUUAAUCGAAACACCAGAGAGCUGGUUGAAGGGAGAGAUCUAUGGCAUUUCCGGAUGUUUGGAACUUCCCCUGAUUCUCUUCGACUUCAGAAUACCUCUUGCGUAUCGACCUGCAUAUUUGGACAUCACCGAAUGCAGAGUGGUCCUAUGUGCCAAAAGUUCAGGCAGUGGCUACCUCACGAUUGAGGCCGUCACCACCGACCAGCAGCAUGCCUUCGAAAGCAACGCCGCGGCCCUGCACUUCCACCCCAACAUCUCUCCUCCUAUUCUCGGCUUCGACCCCCGCGUCAUCCAAGACGACUUCGACCCAUUUAAUCUUGACUUGAGCCCUCUCGUGGCCUUCGAGACCAAGAUCAACUACGCACAAGACUUGCCGCAAUGGUAG